UUAAUUAAAAAUGUAUCAACAUCAAAUGGGUUUACGUUAUCGCGCCUAGUGCCGUGAAAAUGGAUAUUUUGCUUUGUGGAUAUAUUUGUUUUGGCGCUUGAAGGACUUUUCGUGGGAAUGCAGUCAGCAGCAGGGGAGAACGGUUGUCAUGGCACCUCAGUUGUGGCUCAUGGUUCGGUGGUGCAAGUGUGCUUCCCCAAUGUGCAAGCCUCUGUGCUGGACAGCCUCAAUCGGCAGCGUGAAGAUGGGCAGCUGUGCGACCUCUCCAUACAUGUCCAGGGACAGGUGUUUAAAGCCCAUCGUUGUGUGUUGGCUGCAUCCUCACCUUACUUUCAUGACCAGGUGCUACUGAAGAACAUGUCCACAGUGUCUAUCCCAGCUGUUAUGGAUCUACUGGCUUUUGAGAGUGUUCUCAGCUGUGCUUACACAGGCCAGCUGAGAAUGCUACGUGAAGACAUUGUCAACUACCUCACUAUUGGGAGUGUCCUUCAGAUGUGGCACAUUGUAGACAAAUGCACAGAACUUCUCAAAGAGGUCAGGAGAGAAUCUACUGGAGAAAAUACAGCCUUGGAAAACACUAGCUGCAGUAACCGUGUUAACGAUUCCGGAGAAGAAAAAGACAAUCAGCCUGUGGUGCAUCCUCUUACCCGUCCCUCAUUAAAUGAGAGUCAGUCUCCCAGCAGCACAAACUAUUUUAGUCCCAAAGAUGUUAAUUCUGGUGGAGCCACUGCAUCAUCUGGAGCUGUGGGAGAAGAAGGUGUACAUUCUACUCCUAACUACUGCAUGCCAUCCAGUCGGGAAGAGGCUUUCAUAAUUGAUGAAGAGCAUGAAGACAAUGAUGUUGAUGAGCUUGUGUAUGCAAGAAAACAUGAAUUGGCAGUUAACAAGAGGAAAAAGUCCACAUCACCCUGUGAUCAAGAAGUGGGAGUCAGUGACAGUUUUGGGGUUUCAUCUUAUCAAGAUGGAGAGACAUCUCCACCCCAAAAGUGUCCCAUGUAUAGUCAGCCAAGCAUUAUGCCUCGAAAGCAGUGGGUAGUGGUAAAAACUGAACAUUCCAAAGAUGAUGACCUCAUUGUGGUUUCCGGAGAAGAAGGGGGUGAAAAUGAAGAGGAAAAAGAUUUUGAGGUUGUUAAGGAGAGAGAAAGGUCAAAGACAUUUAACAUUUCCAAUGUUAGGACUCUUUCAGCAGACCUUAGUAUCAGGGAGGAAAUGGAAGCACAGGUUGACUACUGCCAGUCGUCUGAAGACUACCUCAAGUUUGAAAGUGGUUUGAUGGACCAGGCAUCUCAACACCCUCAUGAAAACUCCAGCCAGAAUAGCAAUCGUGCUACCUUACUGGGCUCAGUUCAGACAGCUGCUGCCAGAACACAGCUCUUCCCAAUGGACAUGCAGGGGAACCAGAUCUUUCUUUAUAACCAAGCUAACCUAGAUACUUCUCCUCCAUUAGGAGUACAGGGAGGUUUGCCUGGACUGUCUGUAAAAGGAACUGUGGAGCAUGGAGCAGUCCAGUUGUCUGGGCAGGGUGCAACAGACAGUGGAUUGGAUGGGUUUGAUGGCAAUGGGACCAUUGCCUCAGGCAAAGUUUUUAUGUGCCAUUGUGGUAAAAGGUUUACCCACAAAAGCAUGCGAGACCGUCAUAUCAACAUGCAUUUAGACCUACGACCUUUUCACUGUCCAGUUUGCUCAAAGAAGUUUAAAAUGAAACACCAUCUUACAGAACACAUGAAAACACACACUGGUUUAAAGCCCUAUGAUUGUCAUAACUGUGGGAAGAAGUUCAUGUGGCGUGAUAGCUUCAUGCGGCAUCGUUCUCACUGUGGAAGGCACAGUGGAAUCAGCAGUAUUAGUGAGGCUCAUGGAUCAGAGGGGUCAAUUAGCUCACCUUCACACCAACGCCAGCCUUCUGGCAAUGAUGGUACCCAAGGAAGCAGUGACAGAAGUGGAAUUCCAGUCUUGUCUCCACACCUCUCCAGUAGUAAUAGUAGUAUUGGAGUACCUUUGACCAUGGGAGUUGCUGGUCCUCUUUUAGGGAUAAAUACCCAAAGUGGGAUGUAUAGUCAUAACUCUAGUGUUUAUGGGUUAGAUGCAGGUCAUAGUGAAUGUGGGGAAGAGAUUAGUGAAGUUUGUGUUGGUGAAAGUGGUGUCAGUUAACCUAUUAAGUGUUUAGAGGUUUAGAGGCCUAAUAAUCUCAAUCACAAUAAUUUUUAUUAUAAAACUAUCACAAAUAGUUUUACCUUUUUCUUAAAUAAUUAAAAGGGACCAUAUGUACAGUUCCUAAUAGUCACAGUAUGAGUGUUGUGCAUGUGUCAUAAAAUAAGAACAAAUAAAUUAGUAAUUGUUAGAGCACUUGAGGUGAGGCCAACUAUGCGGUAAUAUUCAUAUUGUAGACAAACAUUAUUUGACCUAAGGUAUGUUAGUCAUGGGUAGUCUUAUUAUUACAAGGCUUUUAACCACAACCACUUUAAAGUGCCAUUAAGUCCAGUGGCUAGAAUUUUUAUAACAUUUAUGUCUCAUUCUGUUAUUUUUCGCAGUAAGUACUUU